UGUCGAAUAACCAAGAGGAAGGACGAUUUUGACGAAUUAAAUAGCGGGAUUGGUGUCAUGGCGUUUCGAGAACUUUCGAUCACAGAAAAUGGUAUGAUCUCACCUGGGCAGCGAGAACAACGUGAUAAAGAGAUGGAAGACUGGAGGAGGGCGACCAAAUCCUGGCCAUUGACGGUCAGGUGUUGGACUCUUUCAUCUCCCACCAGCAGGCCAUAGGCAUCCUGCAGAAGGCCACCCGUGUGGUAGACCUGGUGGUGGCUCGAGCACCACCGCUAGACCAGCAGCAGGCGGUGGUGCCCCUCGACCAGGAGCAUCAACACCACGAUACGUCCUCCGUUGUGCACCCUCAAGAACCAUCCUCCACAGAAAUGCUUAACACGGAGUGGGCUCAGGUGGAGGUGAUAGACCUAAUCAACGAUGGGUCUGGCCUGGGCUUCGGCAUCAUCGGCGGCAGGUCGACAGGUGUGGUGGUUAAGACCAUCCUACCUGGAGGCGUCGCUGACAGGGACGCCAGGCUUCAGUCAGGUGACCACAUCCUGCAGAUCGGAGAGGUCAACCUGCGAGGGAUGGGCAGCGACCAGGUGGCCGCUGUGCUUCGCCAGUCUGGCUCACACGUUCGCCUCGUUGUCGCCAGGCCUAUCGAACCCACCUCACCGGACUUCCAGGUCAGGCAGGUGGGCAGGUCGGCGCCCAUCGUGGAGACCCGUGUAUUGAACGACCCCGAAGAACUGGAGCGUCGACUGAGUGGCCUUCCGAACGGCUUUCCCCCUGCCUCUUCCUCCUCCCUCCUCCCUACCCUCGCUGUCGCUGCCGGACCUGCCACCACCAACGGCGUCCUGACACCCUACACCAAUGACGACCCCGACACGCUACCCAGGGUACACGUCUGGAACACUGAUACACUUAUGGAACACAGAUACACUUAUGGAGCACUGAUACACUUAUGGAACACAGAUACUACACUUAUCGAACACAGAUACACUUAUGGAACACUGAUUACACUCAUGGAGCACUGA